AUGCAGGCUGUGGGGGUCACGGCUGAGCCUCCGCCGGCCCCCAGAACCCCGCCAGGUCCCGCCCCGCGGCCCCACUCCAGAACCCCGCCAGGUCCUGCCCCGCGGCCACACUCCAGAACCCCGCCAGGUCCUGCCCCGCGGCCACACUCCAGAACCCAGACCAACGUUGAGGCGCAGCCAGGCUCAGCGCGCCCCCCCAGCUCCGAGACCGUCACCCCCGGGGCCCGGCCCGUGGCAGGCGUUUGGAGUGGCUCUGGACCCCGGGCCGGGUCCACCUCCGUCCCUCUGUCCCCAGCAGGCCGCGCUGCCGCAGGCUCCAGCCUCAGACCCCAGCCCCGCUCCCCAGCCCCGCCCCCCAGCGCCUCCCCGCACCCUGCACCCCACGCUGGCCUCAGUGACGAGUCUGACCCUGAGGCCCAGCCGAGGGCCGGGGCACCGGGGCCCCACUCCCAAUCGCCCCCCACUUCCGAAGCGAGGCCCGGCUCACCCGGAGGAAGGCACGCGGGCUCCGGGACACGGUCCGACUCGGGGACCCAGACAGACGGCCACGCCUGGCCCGGCUGCGGAGCCCCGUCCAGUCCCGAGGGCGGGCCGGGCGAGGGCUCCCGAAAGCGGCCCCUGGUGCCCGCCGGAGCCGGCCGUGACCCCCGGCUCGACACAGGACGGCCGCUCGGUCCGGCGCCCACUUGGCCUCGAGAACCCAGUCCAUCCCUCCGGCUCCGGCACGCGCCGAAGCCCAGGCUAGCCCUGCCCUCAGGGCCAGAGCCCGGUCAGGCCCCAGCCCCAGCGGCCAGUCCAGCUCUAGAGACGGAGACGCCCGCCACCCACAGACCCCGGGCCUCGAGCCCAGAACGCAGCCUGACCCCCCGGCCAGACCUCGGUCUCCGAGCCCACCCCCCCCAAGAGCCUCCCGCCCUGCUCUGA